GACUUCUAUGAGCACACAGCAGUGCAAGACAGCAAACUGUUACUGAGGCACUGAGGAGAAGGAGACUUGAAGAGCAAGAGAGAAGGCAGAGAGAGCUCUACACUUGAGACUGAGUGAAGUUGAAACAAGCAUCAAGUAAUAAGAGAGGAGUGAUAAGAUAAGAUAAACACAAAGGUAUGUAAUGUGCCUGAGCUCGUUUAGAAUUUUUUUAUGGGGGGAGAGAUGAUUAUUUGUUUGUUUUCAUGAGAUGUGAUGCAAAACAGCUUGUUUGUAUCUCAUGAAUGAGAAAAGAAACAAAGUAUUUUUUAUAAAGCUGAUCUUAAAAAAUAUAAAGGCUUAUCAUGGUAUUUAGACAUCAGUCUGGAAAUACUGCUUUGAAAGUCAGGAGUUAAGUUGGGUGCCUAAGUUGGGUCUAUUCAUUUUAGUUGUUUGCUCUCUGUGCUCAAGUAAUUUCCUAUAUUUUUAAUGUGUAGUCAAUCAUACGCUGCUGGCAAUUUCCAAAAUGUGUUGUCUGAGGUGAUAUUUUGAUUUGAUCUGUGUGUAGUGUUCAGUGGAUAAAGAGGAGGUGUUAAAGCUAGCCUAUAUUCCAGUGCAGCAGAUUUGGAUAAAUGCCAACCUGCUAAAAUGGGGACUUUUUUUGCUGACCUAAAUAUUAUUCAUAAUAACGGUGAGAUCAUCACCAUGGUUUGUGCUGGAUGUGUGGAAGGAAGGUGUCUCAUAUUUCUUCUUAUAAAGGAAUAUAUAGCCUAGGUCUACCUGUCUCGCCAUACCUCUGUUCAAAAAGGACAUUUUAAACUAAUAGUUUCAGACAGUACUAUGUUAGCUUAUUAAACUGUACAGAACCCAAGAGGCUUUCCCCUAACUGGAAUCCUCAUCAUCCAGAUAGGCUAAUUGUUUUUGUCUGGUGGACCAUGUGUAAUCCUAAAAUGACAGUUGAAAUGAGAGUGCAUGCAUGACAGUUAGGCUGAGAGUGAGUGCAUGUCAUGACAGUUAGGCUGAGAGUGAGUGCAUGUAAUGACAGUUAGGCUGUGAGUGAGUGCAUGCAUGACAGUUAGGCUGAGAGUGAGUGCAUGCAUGACAGUUAGGCUGAGAGUGAGUGCAUGUCAUGACAGUUAGGCUGAGAGUGAGUGCAUGUCAUGACAGUUAGGCUGAGAGUGAGUGCAUGUCAUGACAGUUAGGCUGUGAGUGAGUGCAUGUCAUGACAGUUAGGCUGUGAGUGAGUGCAUGUCAUGACAGUUAGGCUGAGAGUGAGUGCAUGUCAUGACAGUUAGGCUGAGAGUGAGUGCAUGUCAUGACAGUUAGGCUGUGAGUGAGUGCAUGUCAUGACAGUUAGGCUGAGAGUGAGGUCAUGACAGUUAGGCUGUGAGUGAGUGCAUGUCAUGACAGUUAGGCUGUGAGUGAGUGCAUGUCAUGACAGUUAGGCUGAGAGUGAGUGCAUGUAAUGACAGUUAGGCUGAGAGUGAGUGCAUGUCAUGACAGUUAGGCUGAGAGUGAGUGCAUGUCAUGACAGUUAGGCUGUGAGUGAGUGCAUGUCAUGACAGUUAGGCUGAGAGUGAGUGCAUGUCAUGACAGUUAGGCUGCGAGUGAGUGCAUGUCAUGACAGUUAGGCUGAGAGUGAGUGCAUGCAUGACAGUUAGGCUGCGAGUGAGUGCAUGUCAUGACAGUUAGGCUGCGAGUGAAUGCAUGUAUCUGCUUGCCCUGGCUUCCAGUCAGUCUGUGUGACGUCCCAGGAAACAGGUGGGUACUUCACGGAACUGUAUGACACAGAGAUGACUGGGCAAGGCCUGUGCCUGCUGAUAGUAGCUUGGGGACUUCAACUUCAUGAUGAGUUCAGUGUCUCGAUGAGAGUUGGAUGAGUAGCUGCUGUGUGCUGGCUACUGCCUUACGCAAUGCUGAUUCAUUCAUCCAUAGGAACCACGAGUCAUUCUGUAGCCUACUGUCAUUCACUGCAGCCUGCUCAUACCAUAGACACAUGGCUCAUACACAGUCUUCUCCCACAUGCUGAGAUUCUGCUGCCAUGAAGCAAACACAUCUGAGUUUUUUUAUUUAGCAGGAUUUCUAAUUCCAGAAGAGUAUACGAGCAGUAUGAUUGUCUAGGGUAGAAUUGUGAGGUUAAUUCGACCUCAUUUUUUUCUCCCUCUCCAUCCAGCUAGAGCAGUUUUCCCCCUGAGAACAACAGAGAUGGCCGUCACUCCAUUCAGUCGCAGACAGUGGGCCUCCCAGUCCCUCAGAGUCACAGCUAAGGAGUUGACCAUAGUCGGCACCAGAGGCAAGAACAAUGCCAUCGCUGAGCGCUUCUCCAAGUAAGUUUCUCUCACUCUCUCCCAUUUACCCUUACUGUGACUGUUAUCUUCCUAUUAUCUUCUCUUCUCAUACAAGGACUCUUCACAUUUAAACUCACCCAGAUGUAUCUAUUCUCUCUCUAUUGUACAUACCCUUGUACCAAGGUAGAAACACACAUACUCACUCCAGUAUUGCUAUUCUCUCUCUCUCCUCCUGACCACUGAUGGCUUUUUCCACCCCAGUCUGCCCUGCUGCCUGAAACCAUAAUCAUAGAUCACCACUCACUCCCACUCUUUGUCCUCUCCUGUCCUGUCCUCAUUUGUCCUUUCCAGUCCACUCCUGUCUUGUCCUGUCCUGUCCAUGUGUUUGCUGGACCAGUACAAGAUAAUAACUUUAAAUGGCUUGAAACUGUAUUUGAUAACAUUGCUGAUUUGUACUAGCCCGAGUGCCAGCCUGCUUGUGCUAUCAUGCCAACUCAUUGUCUCUCAGGCAAGAGGACAACCAGAUCAAGGACCAGGCUGGAUUUUUACCAGUUUGUCUAGCCAAUUAUAGAAACAGCACCGGCUAUGACAUGUCUGAGAUUGGAUUAGUCCCCCUUCAUACCUCUCUACUUUCAACAGUUUGACAUUUGUUUUUCCUUCUCACCUGUGUUCCCUUCCAGCCGUUGCUAUUCUGUGUAGAAUGAUGUUUAUCCAUAUCCCCACAAACCUGUUAUUCCAGUUUCACUGAUGUCGACAGUUCUUAAAUAGUCAAGAUAGGUCAACUGAGAUGAACUUCCUGUGAAAUGUCUCCUUUAUUCUCCCAGAUCACCAUCCAGCGUAUUAGUAGGCCACUUUAGUGAAGGAAACGUCCCUUUUGUUAUUUUAUGAUUGAUACAUGGUCAGGGUCAUUGACAUACGUAGUUCCAUAUUUUUGAUAUUCUGAGAAGGUUUCAGUAUCUGACCACUAGGAGACAGCGUUGAUCCAUGUUUAUGUGUAUUGUUGGAAUUAGAAGGGAACCUUACAAACGUUUUAGCUAUAGAGAGGCUAAGACGGGGCUGUAAACGGCAAUACCUAUAAACUGCUCUACCUCAUUACAUAGGCCUAUGCUCACAACCCCAUCUAUCCUCUUCCUAGAUACCAACUGGCUGCAGAGGAGGGCAACUCCGAGAGGAAGAAAGCAGUAAGUACCCAGUCAGGGUUGGAAAGUGCAAAUAUCUAAUAAAGCUAUAGAACCAAUUUCUCUCUCUCACACACACAUACUUACUCAUCCUCACUCGCUCUCUCUCACACACUCUCUCUCUCAGACACACACACACAAAUACACACACUCACACCGCAGGUGGGCCUAUAAACACACACACACACGGAUGUCCACAUGCUGCACUUGGAGGCUAGACUUGUAAAGCCUUAAUCCUUAUUUUGAGACUUUAAUCUUAAGGUAGAUAAUACCUCCACUGUCGUUUCACAUCGCUGCUCCUGUUCCUGGGUGGCAUGAAGGACUACAAUGUAAUGCCUGAUCCCACCUAGCCGAAACAUCCACCCUUCCCAGUGGUCAGUUGGCUCGGCCUGGGAAUGGGGAUAUAAACAGACUGCAGGGAUGUAAUUUUUUUCUUCAUUAAGCUACUUUUUAAAUUCCAGGUAGGUGUCUGGAAUAAGUAGAUCAUCAGCUGUUGUACUGUAUUGAAAGCAGUGCUUGAAGUGGAUUGAAAUAGGCGCCGGCACUCAUUUUGGGUGACAGUUCUGUUUACAUGUAUAUUUAGGUGCGGGAGUGCUGCAAUAAUUUGAAGCCUAUAUUCUAUAGGAGGUGCGGGGACUCGAGCAGUAGAACAUUUGAAGUGCCGGGGGGGGGGUCUUCAGUUUGGGGAGGAGGCAUGCCACUGGUUCAUAAUGUUUGGUGUAUACAUAUUGUAAUUUUUAUGAUAUGUUAUGAAUUCCAAUUCAUACAAUAAGUUACGAUUUUGUAAGUGCUUAAGAUUCCGGACUGCAUCUUUAAAUGGCUGUAAAUCUUUAUUUCAGCUUCACUUAUCUUACUUUCAUGGUUGUUAUGUCAACACAGGACAACGCUUCAGUUGUUUACUUGAAAGAAAGCAUUGAGAUCUUUUUCAUGGGUAGGCCUAUCUUGUGUUAAACAUCCCUCAAAGUGUUCUAGUCAUAUGAUCCUAGUCAUUUGAUGAGCAUGAGAAACUGUGGUCAGCUGGUUGGGUUAGCCAGGGAGAGGUCUUGUUGGUAGAAAGAUGCUACUCCGGUUGAAUGCUAACUUUAGCUUUAUUAGAAUGAGGUUGGAGACUCUUACUCUUGUAUCCUGAAACUAUUGAUGUGACUGGUAUCUGUUCUGUCCUAUUACCCAUUGGUCUCUAUAUCUUAUCUCCUUCACAUGCUGCUAAUAGUAUUACCCCAUUGCCCUUCUGGGUUGAAUUCCACAGUGUUUCUGUACUAGGAUUCUAUUCUUGGAUUCUAUUUAGGCACACACUGUACAAACUGUACAACCCUUUUGAUUUAUGCCAUUGCUAUGUUUCUGCUAGUCAGACUGUAGGAACAAGUUGAGGAGUAGCCCUGGUGGAUAUAAUGGGUAUCUUAAUAAAGUAAACUUUCUCUUUACGUCCUCCUCCAGGCUGCAGAGCUGUUGCCCCCAACUCUCCGCAGUGGCAACCUGAGUGUGUUGAAGAAGCGCUGGGAGCAGCCUGUCCAGUCCUCAGCCACGUCCUGCGCCCCACUACCCCACACCACCCACACUCGCUGCUUACUCCCCUCAGACCCUAAAGCCAAGCAUCAGACCCAGCCCCAGCGCCAGGCCACUGAGGCCCAGCCACCUCUUUCACCAGACCCCAACACCAGCCCCACAGCUGCAGAGGACCAGGCAGGACCAAGCAUGGAGAGAAGACUGCAGCAGAGAGACCCAGAGAGGCAGGAGGCAGCAGCAGUAGUACCUUGUGUCCCCAGUGAGAAGCCCAACAUCCCCAUCAACAACCUCAAGACGAUGUUCGAGAAAGGAGAGAACCAUCAGAACGAAGCAAGUCCAAAUUCACUGAUUACAAGCUAGCGUGUAUUUUAAUAGGAUAUAUUCUUUCAUGUCACAUUUUCAGAGACACCUUUUUUACUCUUUACCUUACAUUUAAUUAUUUUACGUCACAUAAAUAGUGAGAAUGGCUAUUGGCAGAAUGGAAACACUUUUAUAUUGUUUAGGUAUUAGGAGAGUGUUGUUGUGUGGAUCAGGUGGUGUGAUUACACAUGCUGCUCUGUGACAGUGACUUAGUCGAUGGGUUUGCUAAAGAUAAGCCCCAUGUGUUUUAAUCCGAGGUCAGAGGACUCCCUGAAGCUGAAGUAUCAUAGUUCAUAAGACAACUAGUCUGUGUGUCAUCAUUGUUCCUGUUCUAGAAGUGAAGGUGUCGUGUUCUCCAGGGGUCAGAGCCCUCCUGGUAUUAGUCCUGCUGCAAGUCACAUGCACCGCUAUGAGUGUUCUCAUCUCACUACAGAACACUCCUAGAGAUGGGCUAGAUGUCAACAUGUCCUCAGGCAGAUAGGAGGGGUGCUUCAAAACAACCACUGUCCUAUCCUCCUCAUGCUCCCUGUGGGGUUAACAGCCAUGUUGAUAGAAACGCAACAUGGAACAAUUUCAAAGAUUUUACUGAGUUACAGUUCAUAUAAGGAAAUCAGUCAAUUGAAAUAAAUUCAUUAGGCCCUAAUCUAUGGAUUUCACAUGACUGGAAAUACAGAUAUGCAUCUGUUGGUCACAGAUACCUUAAAAAAAGGUAGGGGCAUGGAUCAGUAUCUGGGACAAACCAGUCAGUGUCUGGUGUGACCACCAUUUGCUUCAUGCAGCAUGACACAUCUCCUUCGCAUAGAGUUCAUCAGGCUGUUGAUUGUGGAAUGUUGUCCCACUCCUCUUCAGAGGCUGUGCGAAGUUGCUGGAUAUUGGCGGGAACUGGAACACACUGUCAUACACAUUGAUCCAGAGCUUCCCAAAUAUUCUCAAAGAGUGACAUGUCUGACUAUUCAGGCCAUGGAAGAACUGGGACAUUUUCAGGUUCCAGGAAUUGUGUACAGAUCCUUGUGACAUGGGGGCGUGCAUUAUCAUGCUGAAAUAUGAGGUGAUGGCAACGGAUGAAUGGCACGACAAUGGGCCUCAGGAUCUCAUCACGGUAUCUCUGUGCAUUCAAACUGCCAUGGAUUAAAAUGCAAUUGUGUUCGUUGUCCGUAGCUUAUGCCUGCCCAUACCAUAACCCCACCGCCACUAUGGGGCACUCUGUUCACAAUGUUGACAUCAGCAAACUGCUCGCCCACACGACACCAUACACGUGGGUCUGCGGUUGGACGUACUGCCAAAUUCUCUAAAACAAUGUUGGAGGUGGCUUAUGGUAGAGAAAUGAACAUUCAAUUCUCUGGCAAAAGUUCUGGUGGACAUUCAUGCAGUCAGCAUGCUAAUUGCAUGCUCCCUCAACUUGAGACAUCUGUGGCAUUGUGUUGUGGGACAAAACUGCACAUUUUUGUGGCCUUUUAUUGUCCCCAGCACAAGGUGCACUUGUGUAAUGAUCAUGCUGUUUAAUCAGCUUCUUGGCAAAGAAGAAAUGCUCACUAACAGGGAUGUGUACAAAUUUGAGAGAAAUAAGCUUUUUGGGCGUAUGGAACAUUUCUGGGAUCUUUUUAUUUCAGCUCAUGAAACAUGGGACCAACACUUUACAUGUUGCAUUUUAUUUUUGUUCAAUGUAGAUGAGCUCAUUUAAAAGCAAAGGAUCAUUUUAACCCUUUUUUACUCGAGUCUAGACUUAAAGUCCAUUUUGUUUGUUUUCCUGGCUUGUACAGUUAGUUAUUGAAUGUGAAAGGCCAGACUUUCAAUGUAACUUUCCUAUGAGGUAGGGUUUUAGUUGACCUUUGAUCAAGAUUCAGACCUUUUUUUAAUCAGAGCCAGUGCUGUGGGUUAACUAGCUUACUACUCGGUCUUUGAACAUGGACGCCCGCCUGGACACCAGAUCAGAGGAGUGUUUUGUUGCGGCUUAACAAGUUGCCUCACCUGCCACACCCCAGCUGGCUGAACCUUCCUUAACACGUUGCUUCACCUGCCACACCCCAGCUGGCUGAACCUUCCUUAACACGAUGCCUCACCUGCCACACCCCAGCUGGCUGAACCUUCCUUAACACGUUGCCUCACCUGCCACACCCCAGCUGGCUGAACCUUCCUUAACAUGUUGCCUCACCUGCCACACCCCAGCUGGCUGAACCUUCCUUAACACGUUGCCUCACCUGCCACACCCCAGCUGGCUGAACCUUCCUUAACAUGUUGCCUCACCUGCCACACCCCAGCUGGCUGAACCUUCCUUAACAUGUUGCCUCACCUGCCACACCCCAGCUGGCUGAACCUUCCUUAACACGUUACCUCACCUGCUACACCCCAGCUGGCUGAACCUUCCUUAACACGUUGCUUCACCUGCCACACCCCAGCUGGCUGAACCUUCCUUAACAUGUUGCCUCACCUGCCACACCCCAGCUGGCUGAACCUUCCUUAACAUGUUGCCUCACCUGCCACACCCCAGCUGGCUGAACCUUCCUUAACAUGUUGCCUCACCUGCCACACCCCAGCUGGCUGAACCUUCCUUAACACGUUACCUCACCUGCUACACCCCAGCUGGCUGAACCUUCCUUAACACGUUGCUUCACCUGCCACACCCCAGCUGGCUGAACCUUCCUUAACAUGUUGCCUCACCUGCCACACCCCAGCUGGCUGAACCUUCCUUAACAUGUUGCCUCACCUGCCACACCCCAGCUGGCUGAACCUUCCUUAACAUGUUGCUUCACCUGCUACACCCCAGCUGGCUGAACCUUCCUUAACACGUUGCUUCACCUGCCACACCCCAGCUGGCUGAACCUUCCUUAACACGUUGCUUCACCUGCCACACCCCAGCUGGCUGAACCUUCCUUCCUUACUGAAGCACAUGAGCAGCUCUUUCUCAUUCUCUCAGCUAACAGCCAGGAAGUGACCUGGGCUACCCCUUCCCUCGACCUACACUCCCACCCCUAGCCCUGCCCCUUCCCUCGAAAUACACCCCCACCCCUAGCCCUGCCCCUUCCCUCGAAAUACACCCCCACCCCUAGCCCUGUCCCUUCCCUCGACCUACACCCCCACCCCUAGCCCUGUCCCUUCCCUCGACCUACACCCCCACCCCUAGCCCUGUCCCUUCCCUCGAACUACACCCCCACCCCUAGCCCUGUCCCUUCCCUCGAACUACACCCCCACCCCUAGCCCUGUCCCUUCCCUCGAACUACACCCCUAGCCCUGUCCCUUCCCUCAACCUACGCCCCUGCCCCUUCCCUCGACCCCCACACCCAGCCCUGUGCCUGGCCUGCUCCCUGACCUGUAGCUGAGCCCUAGCCCCUCUCCUCAAGAAGUGGUGAUGUCAUGGGGCAGGCAUGCACAUUACUGCAGUAGAGAAGAAACUGAGCCUCCUCUGAUAACACUCCCUCCCCUGGUCCUCCCUGGUUUAUCAAAGCAAGGCCUUCUCUCUUCUGCCCCUCCUCCUUCUCUCUUCUGCCCCUCCUCCUUCUCUCUUUUCCUGCUCCUCUCUUCUCCCCCUCCUGCUCCUCUCGCUGGAGGAGACGGCCAUGAGGGAGAGGCACUGUGAAAUUAAUUGACCCAACUUCAUCUUCUCCCUCCCUCCUUUCCAGCCCCACUCCCCUCCCCUCCAUAUGCCCCCCUGAAGGCUUCCCCUCCUCUCUGCUUCUCUCUCUCUGUGUGACUGUGAUGAGGCAGAAAGGAAGGACGAAGGAGAGGCACCAGUCCAGUGGAGCCACAGUGUAAUGAACAGAAUCGAGUUAGCUGCUGUUGAUGUUCAAAACUCCUCCAGGACAGGCAUGAGCGCUCCAGCUUAACUUUUCUCCUCUCCUCUCCUCUUCAUUGUGUUCCACUCUGCUUCUCCCUGUUGCUCCUAGCAUUGCUUUGCGAGAGGUAAAUAUGUUUUUUGUUCUUUGUUUGGUCUCAACCCUCGAUCUCGGACCUCCUUAAGUUCACUUUUAGUACUGUGGCUCUGAAACAGUCGAGGGCUUAUAUUUGUAGUUUGCUUUCUUUGCUAGUUUAGUGUGUUUUUAUUAGGUUACAGUAGAUUACGCUGUGAAUUGAGUCCUUUGAUGGGAGGGCUAGCCUAUACACUGACUGCACUAUGGUUGGUGAAUUAUGGUUACUGUCAGUGAAUGGGCUUUUCAAGGAUUUUUUCAUAUGCUUUUGUCAAUGGUGGUUUUGGGCUAUAUGUAGCCUACAACUCACUGAUUUUGAAUUGACCUUUUUUGUUGUUAAUGCUCUGAUGCCCAGGCAGCCAGCCAGCCGGCGGUAGGCUUCAGGGAGGAGCCUCUGUCUGUAUCAUCUGUCUCUGGGGGUUUUAAUUGUCAGUGGGAUUAGUGUCAGCUCUUUGUCUGGCCUGCUGAUCAGUUCCUCCCUCUCUGAGCUCAGCUGCCUCCUGGCCUUUUGUUUGUUUACAGCCUCCACCAUAUUGUUGAGGCACCACCCGUGACCAUAGUCUGGAGAGGAGAAGGGUCCGGCUGAAUCUUGGUCUGGCUUGGGAGGGGACCUCCAGCUGGAUUAGAGUGGGGUCUCUCCACCUGGGGUCCGUCUGGGCCAGCUGGGGUCUGGCUCCCUCUAGAGCCUAGAUUAAUCCACUCUGGAGGAUGGAACAGCACGUGUCACCCCCUUCUGCGAAUGCAGAUCUAAAAUCCAGACUGCCACAAACGCACAACGCUAUAAAGACUUUUCUUCCAGAACAGCACUGCUCUGUCUCCUCUUUGUAUUUCAGGGUUUUAUCCACCCUUUGACCCCUCCUCUCAUCCCCCACUCCGUCUGUGUAUUAUUAAGGCUGUUCCCGGUGCAGUCCCAGCCUCCAGGGCUCUGUGACACCCUGCUGCUCUAAUCUCUGAUACUGAUCACACUCUGGCUAAAAGGCUCUGCAUGGUCAAUCCGACAUUUACGCUGGCCGUAUAGCAUUUACUGCGAUGCCGCCUCCGCAGAAGUCAGAGCAUUCAUACUUUUUGUGCUUCAUGGAGCAGAUCUGUCGUGAAGGAAGUUGUCAAGGAUGUGAGUUUGCUUAUACAGGACCUCCCGCCCCCACCUACCGUCAACCAAUCAUGUCAAUGCGGCACUAUAAGGAGCUAUACGGAGCCCUCCGCAUUGUAACAAAAUUUGGGAGGUGUACGGCGAUGCGGUACAGAGCUCGAUUUGGCCUCCGCAGGCCUGGAUCGCAUUUCCGGAGCAAGCAUAAAUUGGCCUUUUACAGACACAAGCGGUACAGACGGACAGGAGGCAGGAGACAGAGUGCGUCCCAAAUGGCACCCUAUGGGCCUUGGUCAAAAGUAGUGCCCUAUAUAUGCCAUUUGGGCCGCACCAAGAGGCUGUUCUCACAUUGAGUGUGUGGAGGCCAGGUGAAGCCAGUCUUGACUUGAGUCUCUGCUACUACAGGUGUGUGCCAAGAACAGUGUGUUCUCCUCUUGGCUGUUACCUCUAACCUCUGCUCUAUGAAAUCCCUCUCUCACUCCUGACUGCUGAAAUGAGGGUUGAAAAGUUGGUUGAAAUGCAGGCAGCCACUCUGUCCCCAUGUCUUUAGGUCUGAAAGCGUCACCGAGCAAAGUCAGUUUGAUCAAUGCAGUCCAGUUGGUUAUGUAGCCCUAUUUGGUUAAAGUCUUAGGGUCAUAUGAUGGAAGAUUCCGAAGUGUCCUAAUCAACAACUAAUCAGACGGAACACAACAUCUAUGCAUAGUCACUUUACCUCUACCUACAUGUACAUAUUACCUCGACUAACCGGUACCCCUGCACAUCGACUAGGUACUGCUUGUAUAUAGCCUUGUUAUUGUUAUUUUGUGUUACCUUUUUUGGGGCUGUGUGUAUAGGCUCCUGUAGCUGUGUUCAGUGUUCAGCUCUGCUCUGCCCAGUGCUUUGUUCUGUUCUGUGUGUGUCAGGGAGGCAGGUGAGCCUCCUGACUGGAGUGUGACUGUGGACAGGAGGACCGACAGGGGUGUCUGCCUUGCCUCCCUCAGGCUCUAUCUGCCCCAGGCUCUAUCUCACUGAGCUCAUAAGGGGAUUAGAGUAGAGAGGGCUGGGAGAGGCUGGGCAGGAGAGGCAUACAGCCAGGACGGGAUCUGGACAACAAGCCAGGCAGCUAAUGGAACUGACUGACUCACUGACAGGCUGCCAUACUUCUUCUCUCCCCCCUCUUCUCCACCCCUCUUUUCCUCUCCUUUUCUGUCAGAGCACAUGGCUCAGAACUGUCUGAUGGAUGGCCCUGGUUCUCCCCCACUGUUUGUUUAUGCUAGCCUAGAGCUAAAUAUGUGAGCAUCAUAUGGUUCUGUAUGCAAACCACGAUGCAGGAGCUGCUGGCAUUAGUUAGAAUGUUCAGAGCCUGCUGAGUCUACAAUGUAAAGGCUACCAUAAUGGAAUGUGCUGUCCUGAUAGCAUGACUUGGUUCUGUGUUUCCAGGUGUCCAGAGAGCCUGUGAGGAUCGGAGGCAUCACUGAUAACAUGGACCAGCUACUUGGCGGUACUAUUACACUGAGGGGAAACACACACACACACACACACAUACACACGAAAUGGGACAACAGAGUUAAAAGCAGAUGCAUUGUUCUCCAUGAGUAUAUUGUUUCACUAGGCUACACAGAAGUACAGAGAGACUAAAACAUAUGUAAGUUUUUCCUUCCUGUAGCUGUUUCAGUGGUGUAGACUGACUGGAGAGGGCUGGGGCUCACUCGUGCUAUGAUCAGCAGAAUGCCUCAGUGAUUACAGGAAGAAUGAUAGUUACAGGAAGAGGGCUUUUUCUUUCUAUUCCCCCAGUGAACCUGUUCCGAUCACAGCCUGACAAACACCAUGGUUAUGUCCCAAAUGUCCUAUUCCUUAAUAGCGCACUACUUUUGAACAAAGCCUAUGGGGCUCUGGUCAAAAGUAGUGCACUAUAUAGGGUGGCAUUUGGGACAUACCCCGUGACCCACAGUCUGCAUUGUGCUGAAUCUAUAGCCUGUACUUUCAUUUACAUAGCUUAUGAGAGGUGUGUGUAACCUGUGCUUCUCUCGGUCUGUCUCCUAGAUGCAGGGAGCGUAGAGUCCGUGCCACUGCGGGACAGGAUGGCCAUGUACCAGGCUGCUGUGUCUAAAACUGAGGUGUUAUCCUCCUCAGUCAGCGUGAGUACCUGUCCUGUCCUUUACUCUCGGACUGCCAUGGAAGACUAACUUCAUUGUCUAUGGUUGCAGUUCUCAAAUCUGACUGAACUUGAGCUCAAAGUAAUAACUUUUGGACCACAGGAAGAAUAGCUGCUGCUUCGGCAAAAGCUAAUGGGGAUCCGAAUAAACCACACCAAACUUCAGGCCCAUCCCGGCCAGAACCUGUCAUGUGCAGGUUACUUAUCCCAACUGUAAAACAGGUCCCUGUCGUUCUCUCUCUAACAGAGUGAUCAGCUGGACUCAGACCUCCUCCUCUGCAGCAGCAAACAGAAGGAGAAUGUACCCCCAGGCAGUGGGGACAUGGUGAGGAACUGUGCUCUUUGUGUCUGUGUGUGUGUCUAUGUCUGAAACAUCCCUAAAUCAUCAUCCCCUCUCCUCUCCCUCUCCUCUCAGGGUUCGGACUCUGAGCCCAACAGUAGGAAAGCCUCUUCCACAGAGAGCAAUGGUAACUCUUUUGGUCCUCCACUACAUUUCACCAAAUCUAUAUUCUUGUCUGUCAUUAUUUGUCUCCUCAACUGAGUGUACAAAACAUUAAGGACACUUGCUCUUUCCAUGACAGACUGACUAGGUGAAUCCAUGUGAAAGCUUUGAUCGCUUUUUGAUGUCACUUGUUAAAUCCACUUCAAUCAGUAUCAUGGUCUCCAACAGGUUAAUCGGAGCUACCAGUAGCUAGCAGACCACUUAUGAGUAGCUCGCCAAACAAUUCUGAAAGUAUGUGCAAUUUUCACCUGUUCCACCGCAAACUGUCCUAAAUCUCAAGUAUCAGACACCGCAAGCUCCCAGCUACUAUCCAACCAACGCAACUUUGACAUUAUACCACCCCUGGUUAGCCACUAUUGGCUUAAAAAGGCAAACCUAACACAAUAUCUGCCAAUUAAGUUUCAGCAAUAAUGCCCCUUUCUGUCUGUGUGGUGCUGGCGUUUGUCUAUCACUCCGUGUGUAGCCAGUAGUGAUGGGUUGUUCGCAAACGAACGGCUCUUUUUGGUAAUCGUCGGGAAGCGAAUCGCAUAUGUGAAAGAGCCGUUCAUUUGGCUCCCUGAUUUGCAUCACUUUUACUAUAGCUUUUUGAGCUCCAGACAUCGAUUAUCUGCAGAUUAAUUAUAAAAACAUGAUCUGAAGAUGGUCAUUCGCAGUGCAUGAACAAUAUAAUGAGGAGAGGCUCAUUCUGGUCCACGCUAAUUUUUUCAGUGCAUUACAUUUUAUCCCCCCCAAAAAUGUUCAGGCCAUCUAAUAAUUUGGUCAGGUAAAAAUGUAUUUGAACUCACAUUUCACAAUCUGACAUAACGGUGGGCAACGUUCUAACCUUGAAAUUAGAGAUUGACAAUUUUUUUUAAUGGUUUUAGGUCAAUUUCUAAGCAUUACUGAACGAAGAGCCGUUUGGGAACCAAAUUAACGGCUCUUUUAGGUGAACAGAGCCAAAUGGUCCGGCUCACAGAAAAGACUCGGAAUGCCCAUCACUAGUAGCCAUUUGAUGUGAUAACCGUCUUGUGGGCUGACAGAAAUACUUUCUCCUAAACCUUCUCAAUUAAAUGUUAAUUGCACAGUAGUCUUACCUGGCAGAAGUAUAUCAUGAGUAAGUACAUCAUUAGUAUAUUUUAUUUGUUAUUUGCUAACUUUGCCAUGAAAUGAGCAACAGCAGUACAGAACCGUCGCUAAACCUGCACAUUAGAUGCCAAUUAAAGGGCCAGAUGCGCAAUUAAGUGUAGAUGAAGGGGCGGAGACAGGUUAAAGAAGGAUGUUUAAGCCUUGAGACAAUUGAGCCUUGAGUCCAUGCCCGACGAAUUAAAGCUGUUCUGAGGGCAGAGGGUGUGCGUGCACGUAAGCAACUCAAUAUUAGGAAGGUGUUCCUAAUGUUUGGUAUACUCAGUGUAUGAGGUUUCAGUUUGUGGGCAUUAGGUCAGUAUAUUUACAACAGCUCCCUCUGGUGUCGAGUGAGUCAUUACUGAAAUUAGUCUCAUGUCACAGCAGGCUCCAGUACCGGCACCUCCUCUGUAUCCUCUACCCAGAAGGACCAAGCUCAGCCCAAGACCUCCAGGGUGAGUUCAACAGUCCCUUUUUUGCAUUUGUCUCAGAGCAAACCAUUCAAACCAUUCACUAAUAAUAAUAAUAAUAAUAAUAAUAAUAAUAAUAAUAUAAUAAUAUGCCAUUUAGCAGAUGCUUUUAUCCAAAGCGACUUACAGUAAUGUGCGCAUACAUGUUUACGUAUGGGUGGUCCCAGGGAUGGAACCCACUACCCUGGCGUUACAAGCGCCAUGCUCUACCAAUUGAGCUACAUUCACUCUCCUAACUAACCUGCCUUGAAUGCCUCUCUUUGUUUUGUGAGUGUGCAGAGCUUCUGCUUGCCUGCACAGGAGAGUUGUGUGUCGUGUCAGAAGACCGUCUACCCUCUGGAGAGACUGGUGGCCAACCAACAGGUCUACCACAACACCUGCUUCAGAUGCUCCCACUGCAACACCAAACUCAGGUGAGUGGAUUGGACAGAGGCCAUGCAGCAAGGAAUUGUUUGUUUAUUGUUUAAACAUCUGUUAACCUCACUGUUAGUGGACUUUAUAUUGUCGUUAGGUCCACAGUCUUGUUCCUCUUGAGUUUUCAAGGAUGAGGGUUUUUGCUGCUUGAUUAUAAAAAUGAUUGUUUUUCUCAAUGUAUGUUCUUUGUCUCCCUCUGCUGGACAGCCUGGGGACCUAUGCCUCUCUGCACGGCCACGUCUAUUGCAAGCCUCACUUCUGUCAGCUGUUCAAGGCCAAGGGCAACUACGACGAGGGCUUCGGCCUGCGCCCUCACAAGGAGCUGUGGGAGACCAAAGGAGAGAGUGGGGCUGGGGAGGAACAGGGGACCGAACAGACCACAGAGGCCACCUCCUUCUCCAAAGACAAGCUGAAGAAGUGCGCCUCUACUGGCACACUGUUGAUCAGCCCAGCGGUAGAGGAGUCUCCACUGGCCAAGGUCAACGUGGUGACAGCCUCCCUGGAGACCCGCGCCCAGAUCUCAGCAGAGAAGGACAAGCCAGUGGAGACACGUCGGCUGAAGAUCUCCUGGCCCCCCCGCACCGAAGGAGAUGGAGAGGGGGGUAACAUGGGGGCCAGCCCCACCUCAGACGGGAGCUCCGCUGCCAGACCAUCCCGUGCCAAGUGGCCCCCAGAGGGUGACUCGGCCUUCCCCGACCAGAGCCCAGAGUCCACCGAAUGCUCAACCCUCUGCAGGAGCUCCUCCCUCAAAGAGCGCAGCCAGCCCUUCUCAUUGGCCAGCCCCUCCCAUGCUCCCGCCCCUGCUGCCAGUCAGACAACCAAUUCUGAGCCAGAGCCGCUGGAGAGGAGGAGCUCAUUGAAGGACAGGGAGCCUGAGCCGGCCUCCAGUCCUGAGGAACAGAGCAUGGAGGUCCAGGAACAACCUGACAGCCUGUCACCUGACUACCACACGCCUUCUGACAACAGCUAUGUGGAUGUCCACACCAGCUCUGAGGAGGAGGUGACGGAGGGGAGAGUCGCACCUCUAAAAGAGAACCACCACAAUUCACUAGAAACAAAACAAGAACAGGGAGUGAAGGAGGACAGGGAGGAGGAAGAAGAACAAGAAGAGGAGAAGAUGGAGGGAGAAGAAGAUGGAGAAGAGGAGGGGGAAGGGUUACCUUCACAAAACUGCCAGACUGCCUCGUCAGAGAUCGUCACGCCCCCCUCUUCUCCAGAGGCGGAGCCUAGGCCCAAGACCAACCACAAGUCUCAGGAUGUGGGCUUCUGGGACGGCGAGGAGGCCGUGUCUGUAGAGGAGAUGAUUAAGAGGAACCGCUACUAUGAGGAAGAUGAGGACGAAGAGGACUGAAAGAGACUGGUUUAUUAAGCCAUGAACAUUAUUAGACAUGAUUGACUGUAAUCCUCCGCCCCUCCAUUUUGUUUGAAUUGUAGAUUUUCUCUCUUCAUUUCCCUUUAACCUAAGGAACCAUGUCUGUCUGGCUGUGUUUGGUGCGCUGUCAGUUGUGCUCUCUCGCUCUCUCUCUCUCUCUCUGAAACUACUAAUUGUAAUAAUUUAUCUAUGUCAAUUUGACCUUAGCUCUGUGUUUGUCUGGAAGAUGGCACAGU